ACUACUUUGCCAGCUCGGUUUUUAUUUACUUUUCUGAUCGGCGCGUUUCAUCAAAAAACAAUAAUAAUAAAAGUGACAAAGCCCAAAUUCCAUGUAGAGUGUUCAGAUAAAUAGUUAUUAAUUUAAAAAAACUCGUACUCAGACCUUCAUAAAACUCCUAUUGGAGUAUUGAGAUAUAAACAGACAUCCAAUCAGCGGUACCAAACUUCUUAUCACCAAAAACGACAAGCCCAAAAACAAAAACAACAACAGCAAACAAAAACGAUAACGCAACAAGCAGUUGUUGGUCCGGGGAAUCGAGGUUUCCGUGCGCGGAGAAAGUCUAGAGAACCGAGAACUGCGAGGUCUGACGUGUCGCUUGAUUUACGGGCGAUAGAAGAACAAAACGGAAGCGGAGCAGAUAUGUGUGGCAAUCCGACUGUGGGUAACGGGACGAGGGCGCUGAUACUCGUUGGGGGCUACGGCACGCGGCUACGACCCCUGACCCUCAGCACGCCCAAGCCGCUGGUGGAGUUCGCCAAUAAGCCUAUUCUGCUGCACCAAUUGGAGGCACUUGUGGAUGCGGGAUGUCGUCAGGUUAUUUUGGCCGUCAGCUAUCGAGCUGAGCAAAUGGAAAAGGAGCUGAAAGUGGAGGCCGACAAAUUGGGCGUGGAACUGAUCUUUUCGCAUGAGUCAGAACCCCUGGGAACCGCAGGCCCCUUGGCUCUAGCAAAAACCAUACUAGCGGCCAGUUCGGAGCCAUUUUUCGUACUCAACUCGGACGUCAUUUGCGAUUUCCCGUUUAAGCAACUAGUGCAAUUUCACCGUAACCACGGAAAGGAGGGAACCAUUGUGGUAACGAAGGUCGAGGAACCGUCCAAAUACGGCGUUGUGCUGUACGAUGAAAACGGAUGCAUCAAGAACUUCAUUGAGAAGCCGCAGGAGUUCGUGAGCAACAAGAUCAAUGCCGGCAUUUACAUUUUCAAUCCCUCCGUGCUUGACCGGAUCGAAGUGAAGCCCACGUCGAUUGAGAAGGAGGUGUUUCCGAUGAUGGCCCAGCAACAGGAGUUGUACGCCAUGGAUCUUACUGGAUUCUGGAUGGACAUUGGCCAGCCCAAAGACUUCUUAACGGGCAUGUGCCUGUAUCUGAGUUCGUUGCGACAAAAGCAGUCGCCUAAGCUGUACACUGGAUCUGGAGUGGUGGGCAACGUCUUGGUGGAUCCCACGGCAAAGAUCGGCGAGGGUUGUCGCAUCGGACCCAAUGUGACCAUCGGACCGGACGUGGUCAUCGAGGACGGGGUGUGCAUCAAGCGCUCGACCAUCCUUAAGGGGGCCAUUGUUCGUUCCCACUCCUGGCUGGACUCGUGCAUCGUCGGCUGGCGUUCCACCGUGGGUCGCUGGGUGCGCAUCGAGGGCAUCACGGUCCUGGGCGAGGAUGUGAUCGUCAAAGAUGAGCUCUAUGUGAAUGGUGGCCAAGUCCUGCCCCAUAAAAGCAUCGCCGCCAGUGUGCCAGAACCGCAGAUCAUCAUGUGAGCCAGUCGCCCCGGCCAGCUAGUGUAAAUACAAACAUGUUUCAUGUUUCGUUCAGUUCCGCCGUUUUGGUAUUCGAUGAAGGUGCCUUCUGCUUUAGUGUUCUCACCCACGAUUUGCAAUAUCAACUCGAUAAUGAGAGAAAAUCAGAAACAUUUCCAACAGCUUUGCUAUCUAUUUAUAAACUAGAGCUCAAUUUCCUUCUCAAACGAAGGCGGGAAAUCUGACUAAUAGUCUGAUCAUAAAUGCAUCAGCCCAAACUUUUUUGUACUUUGAUAAGCAAACAUAAGUUUUAAUCUUAAAAUUAUAUACUUUAGUCAAAUAUACAUACGUAUGUACGAAAAUACCCACAAAAUA